CGAAGCCCUCGGCCACGCCCACCUGCCCUCUAGAGACCAGACGGGGAUGGCACCGAGACAGUGGGAGGGGCAGAGCAGGCUUUCCCUAGGGAAAUGUGCAAACCUAUCCCACAGUGGCCCCGGUCUCGCUCUGGGUGCAGUUACCAUUGCACGCUGGGAAAGUGUAGCGGGGGGACAACCGGCCCUCCCUCCUGGGCUCCGCCCAUUGCACCGAGUCCUCUCAGGCUGGUGUCUCUCCGGGUUCCCACCCGGGGCCAGGUGACAGGCAGAGCCGCCGCUAUGGUUCAUCAGGUGCUCUACCGGGCGCUGGUCUCCACCAAGUGGCUGGCGGAAUCCAUUCGGUCCGGCAACUUGGGACCCGGCCUUCGGGUGCUGGACGCGUCCUGGUACUCACCGGGGACCCGCCAGGCGCGCCGAGAGUACCAGGAGCGCCACGUGCCCGGCGCGUCCUUUUUUGACAUAGAGGAGUGCCGGGACACGGCUUCGCCCUACGAGAUGAUGCUGCCCAGUGAGGCCCGCUUCGGGGAGUACGUGGGCAACCUGGGUAUAAGCAACGACACGCACGUGGUGGUGUAUGACGGGGACGAGCUCGGCAGCUUCUACGCGCCCCGGGUGUGGUGGAUGUUCCGGGUGUUCGGCCACCGCACCGUGUCAGUGCUCAACGGCGGCUUCCGGAACUGGCUGAAGGAGGGCCACCCGGUGACGUCCGAGCCCUCGAGGCCCGAGCCGGCCGUGUUCAAAGCCACGCUGGACCGCUCCCUGCUCAAGACCUACGAGCAGGUCCUGGAGAACCUUCAGUCUAAAAGGUUCCAGCUGGUGGACUCUCGGGCCCAAGGAAGGUACCUGGGCACACAGCCGGAGCCCGAUGCGGUCGGACUGGACUCUGGCCACAUCCGUGGCUCCAUCAACAUGCCCUUCAUGGACUUCCUGACAGAAGAUGGCUUCGAGAAGAGCCCGGAGGAGCUGCGUGCCAUGUUCCAGGACAAGAAGGUGGACCUCUCACAACCCCUCAUCGCCACGUGCCGCAAGGGGGUCACUGCCUGCCACAUUGCCCUGGCUGCCUACCUAUGCGGCAAGCCCGACGUGGCUGUUUAUGACGGCUCCUGGUCGGAGUGGUUCCGCAGGGCGCCCCCGGAGACCCGAGUGUCCCAGGGGAAGAGCGGGAAGGCCUGAGUGUGCACAGCCUCCUCCUCUGCCCACUGAAUACAGCCAGUUCCCUUCAGUGGGGCCGGUGAGACCCGCCACAGCUUCGCACCUCCUAGGCGAUGGAGAUUGACAGGAUUUUAGAAUUGCUGUGGGUGCCUCUCUCCCUCCAACACUGGAAUAAAGUGCCUUUUCUCAGUA